GAAUAUGGCGUUAUGUGAUCCGAUAGAAUUGUAUAGGGAGCUUAGGAUGGCUGAGAAGAAUGAUCAGAUGAGACGGUCUGACUGGGAAACAAUCCAGGAUGUGUUCUCUUACUUUGCAAAUUCAGGUUGGGCAGCUAACCAGGCCCUUGCAUUUUAUAUUGGCAUGUCGUUUUUUCCUACAGCUGUUCAGAAGUUUAGGAAGUUUGUCUUGGAUAAGUGUUCUGCUGAUCUUGGGCUUUAUUUGGUGUCGCUUGGUCCCUGUGAUGAUGCUGUUAGGUUCCUUUUCCCCAUAUUUGCUGAAUAUUGUCUAGAAGAGUUCACUGAUGAGAUGAAGAGCUUCGAGGCUAUGAUUUCGAAAGCGGACCUUACAAAGCCGCACACUUGGUUUCCUUUUGCUAGGGCAAUGAAACGUAGGAUCGUAUACCAUUGUGGGCCGACAAACAGUGGCAAGACAUACGAGGCGUUGCAGCGAUUUAAGGAAGCGAAAAAGGGUAUUUAUUGCGGUCCGUUAAGGCUUUUGGCUAUGGAGGUGUUUGAUAAGAUGAAUUCCCAUGGGGUUUAUUGUAGUCUUCUCACUGGGCAAGAGAAGAAACGGGUUCCUUUUGCGAACCAUGUUGCUUGUACUAUAGAAAUGGUGUCUGUUGAUGAGAUGUAUGAUGUAGCGGUUAUUGAUGAGAUCCAGAUGAUGGCAGACGCAACCAGAGGCUUUGCCUGGACAAGAGCAUUGCUGGGGGUGAAGGCUGAUGAAAUUCAUCUAUGUGGCGAUCCAAGUGUGCUUGACAUUGUGAGAAAGAUUUGUGCAGAAACUGGAGAUGAGUUGGAAGUACACCAUUGCGAGCGGUUCAAGAAGUUGGAGGUUGAAGCCAAAACAUUGUUGGGAGAUCUGAAAAAUGUCAAGUCUGGGGACUGUGUUGUUGCAUUUUCAAGAAGAGAAAUAUUUGAGGUGAAGUUGGCCAUUGAGAAAAACACUAACCAUCGAUGUUGUGUUAUUUAUGGUGCAUUGCCUCCCGAGACUCGCCGACAGCAAGCUAACUUAUUCAAUGACCAGGACAAUGAGUUUGAUGUAUUGGUUGCAAGUGAUGCAGUAGGAAUGGGUUUGAAUCUAAAUAUCAGAAGAGUUGUCUUUUACAAUCUCUCCAAAUACAAUGGCGACAAAGUUGUACCUGUUCCAGCAACCCAGGUCAAGCAGAUUGCAGGAAGAGCUGGCAGGAGAGGAAGUCGCUUCCCAGUUGGACUCACCACAACCUUGCAAUUAGAUGAUCUUGCCUACCUUAUCGAGUGCUUAAAGCAACCUUUUGACGAAGUUAAGAAAGUGGGACUCUUUCCUUUCUUUGAGCAGGUUGAAUCAUUCGCAGCGCAACUUCCUGAUCUUAAUUUCCCCAAGAUUCUGGCAAAGUUUGCUGAAAGUUGCCGUCUUGAUGGAAUGUACUUCUUUUGUAAGCAUGAUCAUAUAAAGAAGGUAGCAAAUAUGCUGGAGAAGGUUAAGGGUUUGUCUCUGCAAGAUCGUUUCAACUUUUGUUUUGCUCCGACUAAUAUUAGGGACCCAAAAUCAAUGUAUCAUCUUCUAAGGUUUGCUUCGGACUACGGUCAGAAAGUACCUGCUAGUAUAGCAAUGGGGAUGCCUAAAGGUUCUGCUAGGAAUGACACUGAGCUCCUGGACCUGGAGACAAAACAUCAAGUUCUGUCGAUGUAUCUAUGGUUGUCUCAUCAGUUUGACUAUGAAAGUUUCCCACAUGGGAAGAAGGCUGAAGCUAUGGCAACAGACAUUGCUGAUUUGUUGGGUCAAUCUCUUACCAAGGCGAACUGGAAACCAGAAACUAGGCAGUCUGCUGGCAAACCAAAACCUCGGAAAAAUGAAGAUGGUUAUGACAGGCCCAAAUCACUAAUCACAUCAUACAAGGAGUUAGGGAGACCAAGCAGUCAGGAGAAAGGGGUGAACUGGAAGUUAACUGAGUGAUAUUAUAAUAUGCUGUUCGUGUUUAUUGAUGCAUGUCCAGAAAAGGCAGGGGAAAAACAGGGAGCAGGAAACUGAGAAAAAUUCAGCAGCAUAAAGAUUCUUGCAGAUGUGGCAUGUUGUCAACUGACAACAUUGCUCAUCCGGGAUCGGAAUGGCCAUCCAUUUGGGAGAUAGGACUUGUACGUGAAGAGUUGUCCCAUGACAUUCGAACCAAGGCCUCUUCCAACAAAGGCUAGAGUCGCCAGGGGUUAACCAGCUUUACAUAGAUUGGUUCCCAUAGAGUCCAUGCAUCAGGAGACACUUCCACAUUGCAGCAGAUAUUCUAGCAUUUUUGGAGAAAUGAAACUUCAUAGCUGAAGAGGUAGAAUCAAUCAUUGACAAAUGAACCUAGUGUUCUGGCUCCUAGAACUAAACCGGUACGAGUUUGUCUUCUGUCUAGUUGUAAUUAUUGUAGCCAUCUAAAUUAUUAGGAUAUGGUAGUCAUCUCCAGAAUGCCAUGCCAGAUUAGUGACCGGAAUAUCCUAUGAGAAACUUAUGUGCAGACAACUGAUGACUUAUCCCUAUUAACAAGGAAACAGAGACUUCCACUCUCCAGAGCUCAGGCAACCUUUUAUUAUGCAGAAUGUUAGUAUUUGACACUCACUGAAUUGGUUUAAGAUAUUCAAAUUUGUUAUUCUGUAGGAUGAAUAGAAUGAAAUGAUUUGUAUACAUAUUACUGAGAAAAUAAGAAAUCAGUUCUAGAACUUAAACUGC